AUGAACACGGAGCACGAGCUUGUGUUUGCGCUGAGCUAUCCGGUGCAGGUGUCGGUCGCGGGCAUGACGACGGCGUUCAUGGUGCUGCUAGCGCUGCACCAGUGCUUUACGGCCGCGUACCACUUCCCGCUCGACCCGCUCAACUUUGUGCUGCAGCUCGUGUCGUCGAUCGUGUAUGUCGUGUACCAUGGGGCGACGCUGGGCGUGCAGCUGCGGGAGCUCGAUGAGUUCUCGCACCGCUGGCCGCACAUGUUCCCGUACAUGGCGUACCGCCUGCCGCGCUAUGGCCACUGGACGACUGUGCAGAUGGUCUUUUUUAUUCUCGCGGAGGCGCUGGCCUCGCUGCUGGCGCAUGCUGCUCACAUCCAGUUCCUGAUGCUGCUGUUCCCGUCGAAGCUGGAGCGCCGCCUCAUCUUUUGGCUGCUUGGCCCGUUUGUGCUGAUUGAGACGGGCCUGUUCUUUGUUGAUCUCGUGCCGCCUGACCACGUCAAGGUGCUCGAUCUGUCGGACGCGAUGAUGAACAUCUGCGACAGUUCGCUCGCGCUGCUGUACAUGUCGGGCCUGCUCGUGUGGGGCGGCCUCGUGAACUGGCGCCGCGCGUGGCGUGCGGACGGCUCGACGGCCGCGUUCGGCGUCGCGGCGCUGCUUGUCGCGCUCUGCAAGACGGUCGUGAGCUUUGUGCACAUCGGCUACGACCGCGUCUACUGGCUGCGGCUCAUGACCGCGACGUUUAAAAACUGGCAGAACUGGCUCGGGUUCUGGUGGUGGGUGUCUGCGGGCAUGGGCAUUGGCGAGUACGAGGACCGCCUGCGUGCGACGGAGAAGCGCCGCCGGACAAAGCAGCGGCGCGCCUCGCUCGCCGACAGCGGCGGCGAGGACGUCGAGAUGCGCUCGAUGCACAGCGCGACGCAGCCGCCCGAGCACGCCUCGCACUCAAACUCGGCGCCGUGGACCGUGCGGCUGCUCGAGCGCCUCGUGUCGCGCGCGCCGCGUCUGAUCCGCCGGCGCUUCGAGUACCUGCGCCGCUCGCACAACCGCGCCGUGAGCGACCAGGCGAUGAAGCAGGCCGCGCUGUACGCGCGCGUCGUCGUGCCACGCAGCCUGAGCUUCCUGACGCGCUCGAACGUCAUGCACCGCAUGCUGCUCAAGGACCGCACCGUGUACGAGUAG